AGUUUUCAUUUCAGAUUAUAAGCAUUUCGUCAUUCUUGAGAGAAACAAUACUGCGUUUUUAACUUUUUACUUACCAUUUAUAAUCUUAAGGCAAGAAUUAUGAAAUAUCUAGAAACAUCACUGAAUUCAAGACAGACACUAAUAUUUUUCAUUGCAUGUAUUGUAACUAUUUUAAACUUAUGGACAGAAAAGCAAACCAAACAGGUGGAAGACAUAAACAAAAAUCAGUUUACUUAUUUGACAUCUCGCUGUCUUUCAGAUUACAGAUAGCCAAAAGCACUUGAUAAAUUUUCGACAUGUUUCUGCAGAUAUUAAUGAUGUACUUUCUUUUGAACCAUACGCAUUCGCACAGGUGAUAUAUAUUUAUAUAUAUAUAUAUUAUUCAUUCGUUAAUUUAAGAUGGCAGCUUUUUAUAAAUAUUGAUUUAAUAGAUAUUUCUGUCAUCUAUUGGAGAUGUUUACAGUGCACGAAAAGCAUUAUCGUUAAUGCUUUUAGUCUCAGCCACCUCAAUGGUUUGUAUUCAUGCGAUGUUACUAUUUUAUUAAGCUGUCAUAAAUGCAUUCUCUCUUACUAUCUUGCUACAGAUCGUUUUCCAACUUUGUAUUGUACAUUCCAUAACAGGAAUUGGUUUCCUUAUCUUUUUGGCUCGAUUUGCUCAAGUAAUUGAGAAAAAGAUAUAUUACUCUAAUUAAAUUGUAAUUUUUCACCUUGAAGGCACUUUCUUGGCCAAAUUGCGCGAAAAUUCUUUCAUCUUGGCUUCCAGAUAGAAGCAGAAAUCUUAUCUUUGGAAUAUUUGGUAGUUUUAUAAUCUUUGGUAGCAAUAUGGAAAUCAUCCUCCCACGCUCUGUAUUCAUUUCCAGACAAUUAAUUUUUAUUAUAUCUCCUACUAUUAUGCUCCUUAGUAUAAUUGUAUUCCUUUUCUUCGAGGAAAGAAAUAAAAUAUCAAUAGAUAUUCCAAAAAAAGGUUUAAUUGUUAUUUUAUUGAAUGGUCUCUCUUAGUAUAAACUUUCAUUCCAAGUAGCUUUACAACAUAAUACAGAAGGUACGGAUAAGAUAAUCCGUCAGAUUAAUCCUAUUUCUAUUAUUAAUUUAAAGCUUGUGAAAGAAAUAUCUUUUGGAAUGUUUUGCUUGAAAUUUUUUCAGGGUAUGAUCUUAGGAUUAAUUUCCAAAGGGUUCUAUUCCAGUCUACCGUUAGUAGUGGGCAGUGCUAUUUACUCUGGACUCCUAGGUUUUAUUACAGACAGAAAGCUCAAGGGGACAGCUCUAAAUGUCGUAUCCGCCUCCAUGCUUAUCAGUUCAUUUUUUCUUGCUAGUUUCUUUUGCACAAGAUGUUUUAUUCCUUCAUCUUCCGUUAUAUGGUUAUCAUUAGCAGGUACUACUAGCUUUGGCUGUGAUUAUUUUCUAGGUGGAUCAAUAGCAGCAGAAUUUGGUGAAAAACAUAAUGCUAUAUCCGGGAUUACAGGUAUUGUUAAUGGCUUCGGCUUUAUUGCAACAUUCCUUUGGAAAGCACUAAAUAGAAGUGUUAAAACUGAAUUGUCCUACUUAGUAUCUUUAGCAAUGAUAUUUAAUUUACUUGGUAGUGUUAUCGUUUUUAAAGCUGAUCGUAUAUUCAACAAGGAUAAAUCUGAACGGGCUAAAGGCACCCGCAUUGAAGAUUUACCUAUCGUCUGAUCACGACUGCGAUCUUAUCAUCUCGUGCUAUUCGCUCUUUUUUUUAUUGUGCUUAUAUUAUUAUUUUUUUUAUUGUUAUUGGACAGGACCGUGGGAAAGGGAAAAAAUUGACACUUGAUUCUUAUAAAUGACUUAUAAAUACUAAUAAACAUUCAUAGCUCUGUUGGUUUUGAUAUUUA